UCUUAGUUUCAGGUUAGGAGCCUGCUAGGACGGGUCUCGUUCUCUCUUCUUGAGGCACCCGGACGAGAGCGGCGGCGGUGGUGGCGGCGGCGGCGGCGGACGGGCGUUCGCAGACCGGUCGCGACUACGAGUGAAUGCACGAAACGUGGAGAGAGAGAGAGAGAGAGAGAGAGAGAGAGAGAAAGAGACAAAGAGGAAGGGAAGGGGAAAGAAGAAGAGGACUCAUCCAAGGAUUUACCUUUUGUCUCGAGAGACCUGGAACGAUCGUCGAGGAGCAGAGGGGCACCGUUCGGUGAACAUCGACACAAGACGAUCCCGUUGAUUCUGAUCGACCUAGUACCGAGAGAUCCCUCUCUCCGUUUGUUGAAUCGUCCGAUGGAAGAACGGAUUACGUGACAUAUUAUCGGUGUGUUGGUGUUUGAGAAAAAUAAUAAUUGAUCCGAUUUUAGUGACGAGAUUAUUAGUCUCGAGUGUUCGAAUGUCCUGCUUUCUCUACGUGUCCGAAAUCAUUGAAAUUCAUCGUUAUCAUAAUUAUCUACAUCAUCGUCGUCAUCAUCGUCAUCGUUAUCGUCAUCAACAACAACAAUUACAACAGUUACAUCAUCGUCGUCAUCGUCAUCAUCAUCAUCACCACUAUCAUCAUCAUCAUCGACUGUCUCACGUCCGAUGAAUGCUCUUCCCCGUGUACCGUGGUGUCCCAAUCGUAAAACGAAAUCGUGUUCACGGGAAAUAGUUUGACGCGAGUGAGGUUCACGUUGGUCCAUUCGUGUGAUGCGGCUACGGGACGAGAUUUGUUCUUAUCGCUACGUGGACGACGACGACGACGACGACGACGGUGGCGAGUCGAGUGGAAGAAACGUCGGUACCAACAACAAUAACAACAACAACAACAACAACAACAACAACAACAACAACAACAACAACAACAACGACGACGACGACGACGACGACGACGACAGGAUAUCAUCAUCAUCCCGGUCACUUUGUUGUUGUAUUUUACGGAAUCCCUAACGGCUUCUUCUCCAUGAUAGACGUACGACGAUAGAUCGUCAAGAGUGAUAUAUUCGAAAUAUAUUCGAAUUAUUUUGGCGCGACCACGGUGGUUGGUAACGAUGAGGAGGACGAACCGUAUAUACGGAAAUGUAACUUUGACGCGAGAUCGGAUAGAAAUAUAGAGAGAAAGUAUAUUCACCCAUCGGAUGACUUGUGUGCCACCACCCACCACCGUGGACAGAAAAACAUCGAAAGGAUCGGACCGACGAGUGAAAGGAAAAUAUCCUUGUGGCAGAUUGACUAGAUCAAGCCAAUCGAUCCGGGUGAUAAUCGUGAUAAUCUUGUGGACGAGUGUGAAUACUUUUUAUUAAGUAAAAAUAUUUUAUCAAGAGUAGGAAAAUUAUAUAUAGGGGAUCUGUGUGAGAAAGAGAGAGAGAGAGAGAGAGAGAGAGAGAGAGAGAGAGAGAGAAGACUAGUGUUUCUUCGUGGUGUUUGCGAUCCAAUAUCCCCUCAAAUGAUAUCGAAUGAUAUUAGUGAAUUGUCGUUGAUGUCAGGGACGAUCGUCGUCGGUGUGUCCCGAUCGCGCGAUAGUGUUUGAAAAAGACCGAUCGGUGAGUUUAAUCGUCGACGUUAAAAGUAAAGAAAACGUUACCGACGGAAAAGUUCAUUCAAACGACGUGCUCGAGAAGCAGCGACGCGGGAACUUUCGGUGGAAAAGGAGGAGGAGGAGGAGGAGGAAGAAGAGGAGAAGGAGGAGGAAAAGGAAGAGAAAAAAGAAGAGACGGAGGUGGCGGCGCGGAAGGCGACGGUGGUGGCGGCGGUGGGACGAGGGGAAGAGGAGUUUUGGGCCCGGCGGAGAAGUUCGAAGCCGUCAAAGUGGCUUCUUCACUGGGGCUCCAGGGGCCUUCUGCGCCGAUCGGGGCCCAAUUGCUGGCUACUGGCGGUUCAGAGGAUGCGCCGGCCGCGACCGUUUACCACGCCAAUCUGGUAGCCGGUAGCAAUACCUCCGUCGUGACAGCGGCGCUCCAGCAGCCCGUAUUAGCGAGCCUUAACUCGGUGGCAUUGGCCAGUAUGCAGGCCUCCGCGGAGGCCAACUCGCUGGAUAUACAGGCCAUGCAGUCCAUGGACUGGCUCUUCAAGAAGGAGCGAAUAUAUUUACUCGCCCAGUUCUGGCAACAGAGGGCGACGUUAGCGGAGAAGGAAGUGUCCGCGUUAAAGGAACAACUAGCCACCGCGAACGAUGGUAACUCUAAGACUGAGGGACACCAAUUGUCCCAGACUUCGCAGGGAAGUGAUCAACAGCAGCAACACGACGCUAGCAAUCCCAGGAGAACUCCAAAUAGCAAUCUCGAGCAGGAAUUGCAGGCCAAGGAUAAAGAGAUCAGUCAACUGUUGGAAGAGGUCUCCAGGUUACAACAGAAUUUACAACGUCUUCAAGAGACGAGCGCGCAAGCGACGGCGCGUCUCGAGGAAGAACUCGAGGCACGAAGACAGCACAUCAGUAGAUUGGAGAGUAAAUUGGAACGGCAGAGAGAUUACGAUGACCUGAAGCGCGAGAUCAGCGUGUUAAGGUCGGUCGAUCUCUCUCAGAUUCCAACCGGCGAACCUGGCAAGAGUCUCGAACACCUUUUAAUGGAACGUUCGAAAGCUCUCCAACAAGCUGAAAGUCUAAAACCACCGAACACACCCGACACACUCGGUGGACUAUCGUCACCCCUGCAGCGCGCCUCGACCGCCUCGCCCCAUGGGGUCGGAGGUGGGCCACCUUCGUCCCUCGUUUCCUCCCAACAAGCCCCACCGCCACCUCCGACCUCGGUGUCCCUUCCGCCACGCUCCACGCCGACACCUUCCUCCGCAACAUCGACGACUUCCAGCCUCCUCUUCCCUCCGCCUCUCCAAAACGUCGAAACCUUCGGCUCCUUCCUCGGCGAGGAGAUCGUCGCCAACUGGAGGCGGACGUUGGAGAGGUCGAUUAUAAAUCAACAACAACAGCAACAACAGCAGCAGCAACAACAGCAGCAGCAGCAGCAGCAACAACAACAACAACAACAACAGCAACAGCAGCAACAACAACAGCAACAGCAGCAAGUCCAACAGGUGCAACAUCAACAGGUACAACAGCAACAACAACAGCAGCAACAGCAACAACAGCAGCAGCAGCAACAGCAAGGCACUCAAAUCUCUCAAUUAACGCAACAACAGCUGCAGCAAGUCCAACCGUUGAUAGGUCUCCAUCCGCCUACGACGCCGAGCAGCCUAAAUCAUCUUCCCUCGCCAACGGAAGCGUCGUCUAGUACAAAUGCACCGACCAAAUCGAGCACGCCUUUGGGUACUACGUCUAUGGGGACGACGACGCUGGCCACAGCGAACCUAGGAACGACGCCGCUUGGUACAACGUCGUUGGGCACGUCGACGUUGGGCACGGCGUUGGGUACGACGUUGGGUACGACGUUGGGUACGACGUUGGGUACGACGCUGGGUACGACGUUAGGCACGACGCCGCUCAUCGGUUGUCUCGAUUCAAGCGAGAAGGCGUCGACGCCAGUUCCCGGUCACGAAACGCCGGCGCCGCAGACGCCAUCGUCGACGAGCGCACUGACAUCGCCGCCGAGCUUUCAACCGCCCACGUCGAUGGUCGAGACGAGCACCUCCUCCGCCUCCGUAAACGGCGGAGGCGUUACGCCCAGCGCCGUCUCAACGGCGCCGCCGCCGAAAAGUCCAGCCGAUCAGGAAUCCUGUCACAAUAACAAUAACAACAGUCAUCACCUAGCAAAUAACAAUAUAGGCGGAUUAAGCGUCCUCGAUACCCUAAAGAGUCCCUUCCGUUUCGAUGACAGAACGCAUCCGUUCAGAUUCGGUGAUGAAUUUGGUGCCGCCGGUAUGGCCGGUAGACUCGGUGAAUCACUGAUCCCAAAGGGUGAUCCGAUGGAAGCGAGACUUCAAGAAAUGUUGCGUUACAAUAUGGACAAAUAUGCCUCGCAAAAUCUUGACACCCUGCACAUAGCCAGAAGAGUCAGAGAAUUAUUGUCGAUACAUAAUAUCGGUCAGAGAUUAUUCGCCAAGUAUGUACUUGGAUUGAGUCAGGGUACAGUCAGCGAAUUACUGAGCAAACCAAAACCUUGGGAUAAACUCACCGAGAAGGGACGCGAUAGUUAUCGGAAGAUGCACGGUUGGGCUUGCGAUGACAACGCCGUAAUGCUGCUCAAGUCCCUAAUACCCAAGAAAGAGUAUGUUUCAGGCAAGGAGCAGGGAAUGCCACCUUUCGCGCGUGGACCACAGGAAAGUGGUCCGCCAGAAAUGAGCGACGAGAGGUUGGCCCAUAUCCUCUCGGAAUCUGGUCAUCUACAAAUGAGAGGCGAGCAUGAGGUCUCGAACGAUGCGGACAGUAAGAGUCCUAGCAGAAUUGGCUGUCCGAGUCCGUUUAGUAAGGACAGACUCGACAGCCAAAAUAGGAGACUGAAGAAGUACGAAAACGAUGACAUUCCCCCGGAAAAGGUAGUCAGGAUUUAUCAGGAAGAGUUAACUAAACUCAUGGGAAGGAGAGUGGAGGAUCUUCGUGGACCACGAGAAUUCCCUCCUAGCGCGGUGUUUCCGCAUUUUUUCAGCGGUGCCCAAGGUCUCCAAGGUAUAGAAAGAACUCAAGAGGAUAUCAGACUGGCAUUGGACGCUUAUCAUCGGGAGUUACAAAAGUUGAACGCUGGUCCUGGACAAAAUUCGGCAUUAACAGGUUUGCCAGGAUUACCUGGGCUUCCUGGUUUAUUAGCUCUUCAACAGCAGGCUCUUCAGCAACAUCACUUGGCGACAAAUGGCGGUGGUGUACAGGACUUGAGUUUAGGAAAAAUGGAUAUAAGGAAUAAGAUGAUAAACGGCGUUACGGAGGAGGAAAAGGAGAAGAUGGAAGAAGCAAUGAGACACGCAGGUAGCGCUUUCUCAUUGGUCAGGCCUAAACAAGAGACUACGGGAGCCCAAUCGACGCCCGGUGGUUCCAGUGCGAGUUCACCACUCGGUAAUUCCAUACUACCUCCAGCGAUGACGCCAAGUGAAGAUUUUUCUGGCGCUGCUGCGGCCAGUCCGCUCCAAAGGAUGGCCUCCAUCACGAACAGCCUAAUCAGCCAACCGUCCACUCCGACCCAUCAUGCUUCUAAUCAAAGACCACUAAAGGCCGUUCUUCCUCCCAUUACUCAACAACAAUUCGACAUGUACAAUAAUCUUAAUACCGAGGACAUCGUAAAGAGGGUAAAAGAACAAUUGUCGCAGUAUUCGAUCUCUCAGCGUCUAUUUGGCGAAUCGGUUCUUGGUCUAUCUCAGGGUUCUGUCUCGGAUCUUUUGGCACGUCCAAAACCCUGGCAUAUGCUGACGCAGAAAGGCCGUGAACCCUUCAUCAGAAUGAAAAUGUUCCUCGAGGACGAUAACGCUGUUCACAAACUGGUAGCAAGUCAAUAUAAGAUCGCACCGGAGAAGCUGAUGAGGACCGGCGGCUACGGCGGCCUGCCUCGUAAGUUUAACUCAGCAUGCGGAACGCCUAUGAAACCGAUGCCGCCGACGAAAUUGGUCCAGGAACAACUGCAAAAUGCUGCUAAGGCACAGGCCGCGGCACAGGCAGCGGCCCAAGCGGCAGCGGCGCAACAUCAGCAAGAGAAUCAAAUGCAAUUGGGUCCGCCACAGCAGAGUCCGCAGCAUCCUCAACAUCCUCAGCCACCUUUGCCGAUGAUGCUGACACCACCGGGUCCGCACCAUCCACACGCCCAAAUCAGUAUGCAAGAACUUCAGAAGAAACAACAGCAACAGCAACAACAACAAAUGACUCUACAUUCUCCGCACCAUCAGAUGACACCGUCGCCAUUGCGAGGCCCUCAUUUGCACAUUUCAUCGAGCGUUUACGAGAUGGCAGCGUUAACGCAAGAUCUAGACACGCAAACGAUCACAACCAAGAUCAAAGAGGCCUUAUUGGCGAACAACAUUGGUCAAAAGAUAUUUGGAGAAGUCGUUCUUGGAUUGUCACAGGGCUCGGUUAGUGAAUUAUUAAGCAAACCAAAACCAUGGCAUAUGUUAAGUAUAAAAGGUCGGGAACCAUUUAUAAGAAUGCAAAUGUGGUUGUCGGAUGCUCACAACGUUGACAGAUUGCAAGCUUUGAAGAACGAGCGAAGAGAGGCUAACAAAAGACGGCGUAGCAGUGGUCCGGGACACGACAACAGUUCGGACACUUCGAGCAACGAUACCGCGGAGUUUUAUCAUGCUGCUUCGCCUGGUCCAGGGCCAGCUUCGGCGAAAAAACAACGAGUAUUAUUCUCUGAGGAACAAAAGGAAGCACUUAGGCUUGCGUUCGCCCUCGAUCCAUAUCCUAACGUUAGUACGAUCGAAUUUCUCGCGGGAGAGCUCGCUUUAUCCUCGAGAACGAUAACGAAUUGGUUUCACAAUCAUCGGAUGAGAUUGAAACAGCAAACGCCACACGGUCAACCAGAACCUCAAUCGCCAAGGGAACCUGGUCAACCCUUCGAUCGAGUGCAGUUCAGAUUAUUGCUGAAUCAACGGCUGGUAGAGAUUCAGAAGGAAAGGUUGGGCUUGGGCAACGUACCAUUACCUUAUUCGCCGUAUUUCAAUCCGAACUUGGCAGCCUUGGUCGGGAACGCACUGAAGGAACAAUGUUCGGGUUUGGAUCUAUCGAUGAGCGCCCUAAAGAGAGAGCCCAAUCAAGAAUUCGAGGACGAGGACGUCGAGGAUGCUAUGAGUAAUCUCGGUAGCGAAGAUUCCGAAGUUUCUGCUGGUAGCAUAAAGAGAGAACCAGCGGAGACGCCGACUGCACCGACCACCGUCAGGUCUAACAGAAGGAAACCCGCAGCACCUCAAUGGGUUAAUCCAGAAUGGCAAGAACCAACGAGAACGGGCGAUGAGGUUAUCAUAAAUGGCGUUUGCGUUAUGCAAACGGACGACUACGGUGUUAAAAGGGAAGCGGAGGAGACCAUUAGGGUCGAACCUACGCCUGUACAAGAUAGAUACGAGGAGGACGUUCAAAGUGAUGUUUCCUCGGUAUCCGGUAACAAUGGACCGGACAGAGACAGUCCAAUGCCCAGUCCAAAGUCCGGACAAAAUAGUCCAGUUACGUCGCCUAGGUCGCCGUCGGUACAACAAACGGUACAACAGUCCACAGAGACGAGUCCCAAAGAAAUCAUUAAACACGAACCCGAAGAAGCUUGGGACUAUUAAAAGGUUAUAACCUCGCGUCGAUCGAGGUAAACCUAAAACGAUCUCUACGUAAUGUCUCGUCGUUCGUCGUCGAAAAUCGAAUGUUUUUUUUCGAUAUAUUCGCUAUGACGAUGAUGACGACGACGACGACGACGACGACGACGACGACGACGACGACGACAACGACGACGAUGACGACGACGAUGACGAGGAUGACUAUGACUAUGACGAUAACGGCGAAGAUGGCGAUGACGUUCCACGAUUGUUAUAUCAACGUUCUGUGGACUGCUGGUAUACGAAGGAUUCGUGUUUCAUUUUAUGACAAAUAGAGACGAAUUUUAAAAAGGAAAAGAAGAAGAAGAAUAAAAGAAAGGAGAGAGAGAGAGAGAGAGAGAGAAAGAGGAAGAAGAAAACAAGAAGAAAAAAGAAAAAUGCAAAAGUGCAUUAUAAAUCGUCAGGACGUUUUCGUAAUUAAGAGAUAGGGGAUAAUUUAUCGGAACGAUAUGUUGAACUUCUAUACGCGAAAUGGAUGAUAUGAGUUCUUCUUUUAAGAAAAGAAAAAGGGAAUAUUGAGUGUGCUGGAUAAAGGGAGCUUAAUCAAAAGAACUCGAUCGAACUCAUUAGGUUCGCGCCGCUUAGUUGGACUCUUCGGUGAGAAAUAACCGAAGUGAAAAUAAUAUAUAUAUAUAUGUGUAUAUGUAUAUAUAUACAUACACACACAUCUAUAUAUAUAUUUAUAGUGAUGUGCGUUAUCGGAAGACUGUGAAAACGCGACAGCUCGAUUUAAAUUCAAUCGCGCGGCGGUCGUUGCGAUUCUCUCGAAAUUUCGUAAGAACCCCGGCCACUUUCGCUUUCGCCGAUUAUCGAUCCUGUGUUGCUUUAUUUGACAGCCUUACCUGAGAGAAUCUUCGAAAUCGAAUUUAGAAUUCAUCGAAGAAUGGACGGUGCACGAAGGAUCGCAAGUUUAAGAAAAAGAAAAGAAAAUGA